AUUUGAAAUUCAUAAACUGAAUCAAAAAUCGUAAACAUUACAUCCAGGAAGCAGCAACAACUUAAAUCACAUCCAGUAAGUAGCAUAUAGGAACAAUUUUGACAUAUACAAUCCAGAAAAGCAUCAAAAUGUUGGAAAUUACAUGCAACGAUCGAUUGGGAAAGAAAGUACGAGUUAAAUGCAAUCCAGAUGACACAAUAGGAGACCUCAAAAAACUUAUUGCAGCACAAACAGGAACUCGCUAUGAUAAAAUCGUCCUCAAAAAAUGGUAUACAAUUUAUAAGGAUAACAUCAGACUAUCGGAUUAUGAGAUUCACGAUGGAAUGAAUUUGGAAAUGUACUAUCAAUAAUUUGCUUAUUUAAUUACUUUCACGGUUUAUACUUUUAUGGAUCAUUAAUUUUUAUUAUGCCUGAUAAAUCAAUAAAAGGAGAAAGAUUUUUGUUUACGACUUAAUGGA